AUGGAUACCAUCCGCCCCCUUCUUCAACCUAUAACGGCCUCCCUCCCGGCUCCCAUAAAAGACCUGGGUAUCUCUCUCAUCGGUUCACAUUGCUACACUUCCCUGAUCGAGAACAUCGACAUCAGCGACACCGCCUGCAUCAAGCUCGGUGUCUCCAAAGGAUUAGGCAUCGGCAUCAUCGCUGCCUCCUCAAUCGUUAAAAUCCCACAGAUUCUCAAAAUCAUAAACUCAAACUCGGCAUCUGGUCUCUCUCUCCUAUCCACAUUACUUGAAACGGGAGCCUAUGCCAUCUCAAUCGCGUACAAUUUUAGAAAUGGAUUCCCAUUCAGCACGUUCGGUGAAACCGCCUUGAUCGUGGUACAAAACUUGGUUAUUGCCGUUUUGAUAUUACAUUUCACGGGUAAAGGAGGGUAUGCAGGUGUUUUAAUCGCUGGAUUUGCAGCUGCAGUGUACGCGCUUUUGGGAGGGGAUGUGGUUAGUGAGAAGGCUAUGACCGUUUUACAGGCUUCGACGAUUCCUAUUUCGUUGGCUAGUAAGGUUCCUCAGAUCUAUACGGUCUGGAAGGAAGGUGGAACCGGACAGCUCAGUGCUUUUGCCGUGUUCAACUUUUUGGCGGGAAGUUUGGCUAGAGUGUUCACUACUCUUCAAGAGGUUGACGAUCCAUUAAUCCUCUGGGGAUACCUCGGCGGCGCAAUUCUAAACGCGGUUUUGACAGCCCAGAUGGUCUACUACUGGGACUCCUCGAGCUCGUCAAAGUCUAAGAAGAGAACCAAGAAAUCUUUGAAGGCUAUUCCGGAUACUAAAACUCCUGAGACACCCGCGAGGACUAGAUCAAAGGGUGAAGCUGAGGUCAGCAUGGAGACUGCUGUGUUGACUGAUGGUGGAUCAAAGGCCUAUGCGCCUGGUAGCGGGAAAGGGAGCUUGAGAAAGAAGUCGAGAAAGGCCUAG